CCCCCCGAUACCUAUCUCCAGGAGGUUAUUGACUUGGUUUUCCACACAGCGUUAAUUCGCCAUGCCCAAGAACAAGGGAAAGGUGCGUUUACGAAUUUUUCCCCUUCCGUGACAAAGAAUAUCAGCCGCCUCGCCUAUCUGAUUUUUUUCGCCUUUCACUUUGCCGUGAUUUCUAUGUCCACCAGCACCGCCUGAAGGAAGCAAAUUGCGUGGCAAAGAAAGAGGCGAGAGAAUGGAACGAAUGGGGCUGGCAUAAUGAAAUUUCCUCGGUUUAGAACACACGCUAACUCUUCGUACAGGGCGGUAAGAACCGCCGACGUGGUAAGAACGAAAACGACAACGAGAAGCGCGAACUCGUCUUCAAGGAGGAAGGCCAGGAGUAUGCGCAGGUCGUGAAGAUGCUGGGUAACGGCCGUCUGGAGGCUCUUUGCUUCGACGGUGAGAAGCGUCUGGCACACAUUCGUGGCAAGCUCAGGAAGAAGGUCUGGAUCAACCAGGGUGACAUUAUUCUCCUCUCUCUGCGUGAAUACCAGGACGAAAAGGGCGACGUUAUCAUGAAGUACACCGCCGAUGAGGCCAGAAGUCUCAAGGCCUACGGCGAGUUGCCUGAGAACGCCAAGAUCAACGAGACCGACACCUACGGCCAAGAAGGACUCGAGGACAACGUCGAGUUCGACGAGGACCGUGAGAGUGACGAAGAAGACAAGGAGAUCGAUGUUGACGACCUCUAAAUCACCUUCCUCCCUCAUUCCCCCUAUUUAUUCAGCCUUGCAGGAGUCACUGGGCUUGCUUCUACCUCUCCUACGACCAGCCUUUUUCGCCGUUGGUUUUCCCCUGCACCGUGGUCCAAUCCAAAACGACAACCAAUCCUUUCGGAAUGUUAUGAUUUCUCUAGUUGGCAUUGUAUAUAACCAUGUCGGCCAUCUUUCGAAACGGUGACAACGAGAUCGGAUCUGCGGCGUGCCAUGCUUCGAUUUACGACUUCCUCUUUUUUUUUAUCGAUACCCAGUGCUGCUCUUUCAAGAUACCCAGGGCAUGAAUCAUUAACAGGGGGAAUCCUGAUGUUCGCCCAUGACUGGAAAUGGAUUAUAGAUUACGACUUUU